GAGUCCUCGGGUCGACUAGAAUUAGGUAGUAGGAACCCCUGGCAAGCCGGAAAAAUACACGUCAGCCCAGACAGAAAGCGAGACAGGCGUCUCGCCCGACCGAAGCCUUACCUACCUUACUUACCUAGGUAGUUAUUCGCUCGCUACCUAUCUACCCCUCCAGAAAAUAGGGGGCAGACCAUUUGCCAGAGCCGUAUACUGAGUAGAUGAACGCGUAUAGCUCAGUAGACAUGUCUGCUAUAUUCUAGAGCUUUGGCCGAGUGUGUUUGCCAACGGGAAUCCCUGCCGCUUGUCCCGCAUCCCGGUCUUCCACAACGUCUCCAUCGCCCCGAAGCGGAGCCCGACUGCGGGGGAAGCAAAGCGACAAGAUGGUGGCACUACCACUGUUCAAAUUAGCCUCCUUGUUCCUUAGGCACGUCUCGAAAUACGGUGCUAAUCGGAUCAAGCAGGAGGCCCAUGACCACCCGCACUUCCGCAAGCUCGCCGCCAGGUAUGGCCAGUCCAUCCACCAGUUGAACAUGCGUCUCUCGGUAGCACUCCUCCGGGAUGUUGAGGCAGAGAUCAGGGCCAAGGAGAAGGCCGAAGCGCCCACGGUCAAGACAAAAGAGCAGACGGAAAGGGAUAACGAAAUGCGGGCUAAGCAUGGCGCGAAACACCACGACCACUCCGCAGUUGGCGCCCCUGCGAGGAGCGUUUGGCGGCGGAAAUUCAGACCCCUCCCGGAAGCGAAGGCGGUCGACUUGUUCGCAGAUGUGGUUGGCGACGCUUUCAUCCUGCUCGUAGCCGCCGUCUUGAUCCUAUACGAGUACCACAGGUCGUCUCAGAAGCCCGAUGCCAACCUCGAGAAGAUCAACGAGCUCAAUGCGCGCUUCGAAGAGCUCGACAAGAGAGAGAAAGAGCUCGAGGAGGCCGAGAAGCGCCAGCAGAGCCGAGUGCUGCUGAUCGAAGAAGCUUUAAGGAGGGUUAAGGACCCAAAGACCCACAAGUCCCUCUUACCUUCGGAACCGACCCCGUAACCAGCGACGCCGUCUCGUACCCUCGCACCACGACGAGCAAGGACGCGCCCACGAAGGACAGGUUUCGGGGAUCUCGAGUCCAAAGAAGCUCGGCGAUGCACCAAAUCCGGAUAUGACAGAGGUAGCCGUUCACGGAUAUAUACAGGUG